ACCCGCUUUAAUCUGUUUCUGUGACAAAUCGUACUGUUAAUAUGUCCAUAAACAUUUUAGCGAGUUGUUGUAUAAUGAGGUCAGAGUUUUAUUUUCUUAAAAUAAAAACGUCAUUUUAAUCAAAUCGAGAUUGCUCACAAAGGCUAUACUCUUUUGAUUAUAUAACACUGGAAGUUAUGAGCACGUGUUACUUGUGUGACAUUCAGAGUGGAGUUCCCCAGAACUUGUUUACCUGACGGUGCUUCUUUGGAAAUGGUGUUAUCUGCACGCAACGUCAUCUACAUGAAUGCUUUUAAGAGCUCCCAAGCCAGGCAGUCAUCAGUCAGCCCAGCAGACACACUGCCUUCAGUAGUAAAGCAGUCUAUCAUAUCAAUCCUGCAAGUUGUCUGGUGAAGUGAGACACUCUGCUUCCAGUCUGUGCUACAUCUUCUCUACACCAUUCAGCCACCAUGUUCAUAAACGAAGAGCUCGAGUGUGUCGUGUGCUGCUACGAGUACUCACGCAGCGACCGGGUCCCGCGGGUCCUCCACUGCAGCCACACCUUCUGCGCCCCCUGCCUGGAGAAAAUGUCCAAACUGGAUGGGGGCAUACGCUGUGUCUCCUGCCCUCUGUGCCGCUGGAUUACCUGCACCCCAGUCAGCCUGACCCUGUCCGGGGCCCUGUGGGUCAACACGGACAUCUGGGACCAGAUUCUAGAGGAGCAGCAGUGGAGGAAGCAAGACGCUGUGGAGGAUUUCAACAUCACAAAGACCCAACUCAUUGAGACAACACUCCCCAAUUCAAGACGCUCUGGUUUCAUGUCUAAACUCCAAAAAAUGUUCAGCUGUGGGCUGCUGCAAGGAGGAGAGAUGGACACCUGCUGACAGUUUAACAGCAGAAGAAAUGGCAGCGGCAUCUCCCUUUCGCAUCAUGUUUAACUUGACAGUCCAAUGUAGCAGUGCGUCUGCAGCGCAGGACGCCUGCAGUUUGCAGGACCACAGUUAACUUACUAAAGGACAGACCUCUCAGGCGGCCUGCGUCUCGGUCCCUGCUGGACACUCGCGAGGAGCGAAGGACCUGAAGAGCUUUGUGUGAGGUUUUGUAGGUUUAAAACAAUCAUCUCAAGGCUCUUUAUCAUAAUUGAUGAGAGCCUCAUGCUGAACUCUGAAGUGGUUUAAAACUGGAAGUUUUGAUCUGUGAAUUUGUUGUUAAGAGUAACUGU